AUGAUAUCGGCGAUAUAUGUGCUAUACUUAUCAGAGGAUCAAGAUGCCGAUGAAUUUCACCAGAUCGAAUUACUACUCAACCGACGAUUUCAAGAAAACAUUCCUUGUAACCAGAUCAUCAUCCAGAAUUUCCAUGAUCUUUUGACAAAUCUACAACCAUAUGAACAAGUUCCUAUUUUAUACCAUGAUCAAUUGUCUUAUGUAUACAUUAGAUGUGAUAAUGGUGUGAUAUUAUUAGCUGUUAUCAGUAAGAAUGUCAAUGUAAUGCUGGUGAUAACUUUUCUCAACCAAUUACACGUGAUUCUAAUACAUUACUUGUGUAACUCCAAACUCAACAACGAUACACAUAAACCGUUGAAUAAGGAUAUCAUCAUAGAUAACAUAACUUUGAUCAUGGAGGUAUUGGAUGAGUGCUUGGAUUAUGGGUUAUUACAGGUUACAGAUUAUAAACUUCUAGAAGAAUACAUCAAAGUCAUGCCAAAUAUGCCGAAAGUUGAUACUACAAAUGGAUAUUAUGAGAGCUCUGAAUCGGAUGACAGUGAUCAUGAUGAAGUUAAUAAUGAUAAGUCUAAAAGAAAGACCAGAUCAAAAAAGAAGAACAACAAAAAGAACAAGAAGGAGGAGAUCAAGUCUACCCAUAACCAGGCAGUACGAACCGAUGUAAUUGAAAAACAUGCUGAUGUUAUUAACAGUUCUAUUUUACGUACAUACUCACUGGCCAUUAAUUGGCGUCCUAAGGGUAUUUUUUAUGCCAAGAAUGAAAUUUUUAUUGAUAUUAUUGAAGAUUGUGAGUUUGUGUAUGACUUGGGUACCGGUGUCAUCAAACGAAAUGAAAUUUUUGGUACCUGUGUUGUCAAGUCUUAUCUCUCGGGUAUGCCAAUAUGCCGAAUUGGAUUCAAUGAAAAGUAUAUGACUAGAAUUGAAGACGAUUAUGAAGAAGGAGACGAAGAUCAAGUAGAAAAAAAGUCAUCAGAAUCAACGCCUGUUCCUGAUAACUUAUUGAAACUAGAAGACACUGGCAUCAAAGAUGAUGAUGAGGAAGAAGAGAGAGAGGGAGAGGACGAAGAGGAAGAGGAAGAAGAAGUAACUGAACUGAUGCAAGUUUCUUCUGGGGAUGUGACAGCUACUGCUUCUAUUUUGCAACGAAGACCAAAACACAAAAUCCCAAUUCGAAAUAUCCAAUUUCAUCAAUGUAUUGAAUUAUCCAAGAUUUAUAAAGAAAACUUGGUUACAUUCAUUCCCCCUGAUGAUAAAUUUAUUUUAAUGACAUACAAUGUUGAACAACAAAAACAAAAAAGAAAAAUGCCGUUGGUUAUGGUUAAACCCACUUUUAAGGUACUUCUGGAAUCUGGUAAGUUGCAAGUUAUGUGUAUUCUCAACACCAAUUUUCACAGAAGAAGACAUUGCAAGAAUUUGGUAAUCAGAAUUCCUAUCAACCCCCAUUAUUUUGAGUUAGAUCCUAAUGACACUGAUUUGAAAUAUAAAACAGAACUAGGGGAAGUGACAUUUAAAAUAGACUCGUAUGAACUAAUCUGGAAAAUUGAUAGCAUUGAUGGUAAGAAGAUCGUUAGAAUGAUGACUGAGUUGGCAUUGGUUAACAGUCAGAGUGUUGAUCAAGAGAAAGUCAGAGAUUACGUUGUCAGGAAGAUCACCAAACCAAUAACUACUGCAACUGCUGAUGAAUUACAAGGCGAUAUUGACACAGGGAAAGAAGAAUUGGAUGAAUUCUAUGGAGUCAAUGGAAAAUCUUCAUCACUGGUGAAACGAAUCACAUCUAAAAUUAAAGGAGGAUAUUUCAAUGAUGACAUCCGGGUGCACUUCAAAUUACCUAUGCUCACUUAUUCUGGAUUAAAAUUGAGUUAUCUAAGUGUUGAAGAAGAACAGAUGAAGUAUCCAUGUUUCCCGUGGGUUCGAUAUUUAACAAAAUCUAUUGAUCAUUAUGAAUCCGAUGUCACAAUAGAGAAUCAAAAAUUUAGUGGUAAGUGUUGUGAUUAUAGGUUCAAACUAGCUAUGAAUUGUUUUACAUUUGCAUGA